GCAGGUCCUGAAAAGCGUUUGUUGUUCGACUAGCAUAUGGCGCCGGAAAAUGCGCCGCCGCACGUGCCAGCUGUUUAUUGCGCCAAAAACUAAUCAGAGUGCUGUCGACGCAGUGACAACUGUGAAGCCGUGCACAGGUGGUUGAUUAAACACAAGCAGCGUGUCAAUAAUUCAUUGAGAUAAAAGGCCAGCGCCAGAACGAUAUGUUGGUCACGCCCACCAAAUCAACCAGCGACAACUUGCCGCCGCCAGCGACGACGACCACGACGACGACGACGAAUCUUAACAAUGGGUAUCUGCAGUCGAGUGCACUGGACGAACUGAAUGCAACGGUAGUCUCACCGCUGCUGGGUCAACAACAGCAACAGCAACAGCAGCAACAACAACAGCAGCAACAACAACAGCAGCAACAACAACAGCAGCAACAGCAGCAACAACAACAACAUAAAUUACCAACAGUUGUAUUUCUCAGUCCGGACGGCAGCGGCGCCGUUGGCAGCGCCCUGCAACGGAAUGUGGUCACAGCAGGGACAACGCCGACGACGGCGUCCACAACGACAUCGCCGGCUGUUGCCAGCGAUUGGCUGCUGCUGAAGGAGGCGCAACAGCGACGCCGACUGCUUGUCCUGGCCAUAGCCUUUACAGUCCUUGGUGCGGCUAUCGGUGCGCUGGCCAUCUAUUUUGCCAGCCUGCAUCAGCAUUGCCAGCGCUAUCAGCGCAACGAGCAACAGGAUGCAGGCGAUGGCAACUAUGGCAUGGAGGGUGGACCAGGAGCAGGACGCAGCCAGGACAAUAUAUGCAUGACACAGGAGUGUGUGCGAACAGCUGCUUCAUUGCUAUCCGCGAUGGAUUUAGCGGCUGAUCCGUGCGAGGACUUCUUUCAAUUUGCAUGUGGCACCUGGAACAAGGUGCAUCCCAUACCCGAGGAUCGCAGCUCGAUUAGCACUUUUGAGGUGCUCUCCGAUCAGCAACAGUUGAUUUUACGUGGUGUUCUCGAUGAACCGACCGAUGAUCGCGAUAAUGAGGCAACCAUCAAGGCAAAGACAUUCUACAAGAGUUGCAUGGACAUACCCCAGAUCCGUAAGAUUGGCGCUGGACGGCUGAAGGAGGUGCUGCGCUCCUUGGGCGGCUGGCCGGUAAUCGAGUCCAACUGGCAGAUACCCUCGCAUCUGACGGUCGAGCAGCUGAUGGGCAAACUGCGGCUCCACUACAGCGAAUCGGUGCUGAUCGAACUGUAUGUGGGGGCGGAUGACAAGAACAGCUCGGUGAACAUCAUCCAAAUGGAUCAGCUGCAGUAUGCGCUGCCCUCCCGCGACUACUACCUGAAAGCAAGCAGUGCCAACGAUCGUCAGGCAUAUCACAAAUACAUGACGCAAAUCUCUCAGCUGCUGGGCGCCAAUUCAUCGACGGCAGCCGACGAACUGAAGCAGGUGGUGCACUUUGAGACGCAGCUGGUCAACGCUUCACUGGCCGAGGCGGAUCGUCACGAUACGAGCGCCGUUUAUCGGAAGAUUUCGUUGCCGGAACUGCAGCGACUGGUGCCGGAGCUCAACUGGACCGAUUAUCUGCAGACGGCAAUUGGGCCGGGGAUUCAAUUGCAGCCAAAUGAACAGUUGGUCACAUAUGGCAUGUCGUAUCUAACGGAAAUGGGUAGGAUCCUGCGUCGCACAGAUCGCCGGGUUGUCCACAACUAUAUGCUGUGGCGUCUGGUCAUGUCCCUGAUGACGCACAUGAUCGAUGAGUAUCAGCGGGAGCGCGUCGAGUUCCGCAAAAUCCUCAUGGGCAUCCAGUCGGAGAGGACACGCUGGUCGCAGUGCGUCGAGUGGACAAAUAAGAAACUGGGCGUUGCCGUUGGCGCCCUCUUCAUACGGGAUAACUUCAAUCAGGAUAGCAAGGAGGUUGCCCUGGAGAUGAUUCAUAACAUUCGGGCCGCGUUCAAUGAGCUGCUGGCCGAGAAUCACUGGAUGGACGAUGAGACGCGUGCGGUGGCCAAAGAAAAGGCGGAUUCAAUGAACGAACGCAUCGGCUAUCCAGAGAUACUCACCAAUGUCACCGAACUGGAGCAGGAGUAUGUCAAUCUGACGAUCGUCCCGGAUAACUUUAUCGAUAAUGUGCUGAGCAUCUUGCAGUGGGAAUCGGAGAAGCUGCUCCAACUGCUCCGACAGCCCGUCGAUAAGGAGAAAUGGACCACGGAGCCGGCGGUGGUCAACGCUUUCUACAAUCCCAACAAAAAUGAUAUUGUAUUUCCCGCUGGUAUUCUGCAGCCGUUGUUCUAUAGCCAACACUUUCCCAAGUCGCUGAACUAUGGAGGGAUUGGUGUGGUGAUCGGACACGAGAUUACGCAUGGCUUCGAUGACAAGGGGCGACAGUUCGAUCGCGAGGGCAACAUGAUGCAGUGGUGGAAUAAUGCGACCAUCGAAGCAUUUCGGGAGCGCACCCAGUGCGUCAUCGAUCAGUAUUCGCGCUACAAGAUCAACGAGGUCGACAUGUACAUGGAUGGUCGGAUGACUCAGGGCGAGAAUAUCGCUGACAAUGGCGGCCUCAAGCAGGCGUUCCGGGCGUAUAAGAAGUGGGAGAAGCUGCAUGGCAGGGAGCUGAUGUUGCCGGCUCUCAAUAUGACGCACGAUCAGCUGUUUUUUCUCAACUAUGCACAGAUCUGGUGCGGCAGCAUGCGGCCAGAGGAUGCAUUAACCAAGAUCCGAUCCUCCGUACACUCACCGGGAUUUGUCCGUGUCCUUGGACCGCUCUCGAAUUCACGUGACUUUGCGCACGCCUACGGCUGCUCAGUGGGCACAACCAUGAAUCCGGCGGACAAGUGCAGUGUCUGGUAGUCAUGAUCACGGUCACGAUCACGGUCACGAUCACAGUCACGAUCACAGUCACUGUCACGAUCACAGUCACUGUCACGCUCACAGCAUGCGUAAAUGCUUUGUAUAAGCUUAUUC